CCCCAAUAUUCACAUAUCAGAAAAAACUGAGAGGGCUUCCCAACUACCAUGAGUGACAAAGGCUACAAGCGUAAUUGGAGAGGGUUUGGUGGUGAUCCAUUUUUUGGCUAUUUCGGCCUUGGUUUGGGGCACCAUGAUGGUGGGCGUUGCCCAUUCCUAGCCGCUCACGGCCGCGGCUUGGGACACGGUGGUGGACACUGUCCGUUCCUAGCUGCUCAUAGUAAAGCAGUUGGACACGGUGGUGGACACUGCCCGUUCCUUGCUGUUCAUAGUCACGUCGGACAGGGUGGUGGCCACUGCCCGUUCCUUGCCGCUCACAGUAACGUCGCUGGUAGUGACCACUGCCCGUUUCUGGCCGCCCACACCCGGGGCUCUGGAUACGGUGGCGGGUACAACCCCCUGCUUGCUGGCUUCAGCAAUUGGUUCGGAGGUGGUGCUGAAAAGUACCCAUUCCUGCGGAGUUUUUGCUACCCAUGGGGCAAAGGAAAAGGGAAAGGUGACUUCAAAGUGACCUUGAAAGUAGCCGAUUAUAGCCUUGACGAGCUGGAUAUCAAGGUGCUUGGGCAAGAGGUGACCGUGCAUGGGAAGCACGACGGCCCGGACGAGACCAAGGAGUUCACCCGUCACUUCACGCUGCCGGAGAACAUCGAUCCCGAGACCGUGGCCGCGUCCCUGAGCGCCGAUCAGGAGCUGAUUGUCACCGCCAACAAAAAGGUCCCGGAGGGAGAGCCGCGCGCGGUGACCAUCCAGGUUGGCGGAGGAGGAUCUGGAGACGACUAGACAGCAAGAACGGAACGAUGGACGACCCAAUCCAUCCUCAGACCUGAACAUGGCUAAACUCGGGCAAGCGAACUGGCGAAAGAACAUUCCUAGGUGAAUUCUUCGAAACAUAAAAGAGUAAAAAAUGUCAACAUUUGAGAAUAAUACAUCCUACGUACCGUAAUUCAACAGAUACACUGCAAAACGACCCAUGGAGCUAUAUAUAAAAUAUUUUAUACAUAGCUCUAUGAUACGACCAGAAUGUGACAGUUAUUGUAGAGGUUUAAUUUUUUUGAAAGAUUCUUGGGGUAUUCGAGGAAAACAUGCAUUAGAAGAAAGUUAAAAAGCAUCAGGAUGAGGUUGUGGUUUCUGAACAAAGAAAUCUGCAAAAUGCCCGACUUCAUGACAAGCAACUUGAGAUACAGAUUUGCAGGUACACCCAUGGAAUCAAUGUCUUUGGGAAGAGGUGUGGUUCUUUGAAGAACCGGUGAGCAGCUUCUUCCUAAUGUCAGUUUUUACCGAUAUGUGAAUUGUCGUAUUUUUUCAAGUGGCUGAAAGAACGGUAAAUCAUGGAGUGUGUUGAGUUUAUUAGACUCUAUAGACAAGAAGAAAAAGCGUUGUGAACUUUGACCGACCCAAAGGGAAGGUCUUUGGUAAAUUUUAGGACAAUUCAUUUCUCAUUAAUUAUACUAGAAGAAAGACAAUUCAUAUUUCAAUAAUUACAUAAUUUAGAAGAAAGGUCUAAAUUUGACAAGCUAGAAGUAGAGUAAAAUGCCUAUUUUGAUUUGACAGGCGAGGGUAAACAGUCUUGUCAAAUUUAACAGGCCGAAAAAAAAAACUUUUCAAAAUUUGGACUGGAUAGAAGAAACAUUAAUUCUUGGGCGAUUUUGACAAGCCACAUGAAAAGUAUGGAGUCAACUUUGACAGGCUGGUCUCACGUCAGUUUUGACUGCUCAGAAGAAAAGUCUCAUGUCAGAUUUAAAAGGCUAGGAGAAAAGGUUAAUUCAUUUUUGCAACAGAAUUCCAACAGAAAAUGCCCAAGUGAUGGAUUGUGUUACCCUUGGCAUUACCAUGGUUCGCGAGUAAAACAACCAUAUAAUGAACAAACUCAUGAGUCAGGGUUCCAGAGCAAUGAAAAACUCCUUCUGGUUGUUUGCGUUGAGGAAGGACAAAGAGAGGUGGGGAGAUUUCAAACAACAAGAAAGGUGUGGUCAUCUACAAUACUAAGACUGUUUUGUUAAUUAAUGUUAUGCUCUAUUUUGGUGUUGGAAAUUAACAUGUAGGCUAACGCGACAUCUGGAAGCCUACGGUGGCAAGUGAUAAUUGUACUGGGUUUAAAGGUAUAACGCAGAUAUAGGGCUUAUAGAGAAAAAUGUUUGCAUUUGAUUUCUUCCUGAUAGCGAAUUGUUAGAGAAAACUGUUA